UCAGAGGUUCCCAGUGGUCAGUCUGCGCAGCAGCAUCAAACACACCUGGACUCCAUAUUUAUGCUGCUGGAGGAAAACGUAAUCACUUUCGUGAAGAAUGAGCUGAAGAAGAUCCACAAGGUUCUGAGUACAAAUUACCCAGAAUGCUUAGAGAGUCAGAGGGAGGAUGAUGAGCAGAAGAGGAGCAGCAAAGAGGCAUUUGUGAACAUCACUCUGGACUUCCUGAGGAGAAUGAAGCAGGAAGUGCUGGCUGACCGACUGGAGAGCAAACGUUGCCUUGCUUUUUUUCAACAUAAUCUCAAGUCUAAGUUGCAGACGAAGUUCCAGUGUGUGUUUGAGGGCAUCGCUAAAGCAGGAAACCAAACCCUUCUGAAUCAGAUCUACACAGAGCUCUACAUCACAGAGGGAGGGACUGCAGAGGUCAAUGGUGAACAUGAGGUCAGACAGAUUGAAAGAGCAUCCAGGAAACCAGACAGACCGGAAACAACAAUCAGACAAGAAGACAUCUUUAAAGCCUCACCUGGAAGAGACGAACCAAUCAGAACAGUGCUGACAAAGGGAGUGGCUGGCAUUGGGAAAACAGUCUUAACACAGAAAUACACCCUGGACUGGGCUGAAGACAAAGCCAACCAGGACAUCCAGUUCAUAUUUCCAUUCACUUUCAGAGAGCUGAAUGUGCUGAAAGAGGAAAAGUUCAGCUUGGUGGAACUUGUUCAUCACUUCUUUACUGAAACCAAAGAAGCAGGAAUCUGCAGCUUUGAAGACUUCCAGGUUGUGUUCAUCUUUGAUGGUCUGGAUGAGUGUCGACUUCCUCUGGACUUCCACAAAACUACAAUCCUAACUGACCCUAGAAAGUCCACCUCAGUGGAUGUGCUCCUGAUAAACCUCAUCAGGGGGAAACUGCUUCCCUCUGCUCGCCUCUGGAUAACCACACGACCUGCAGCAGCCAAUCAGGUCCCUCCUGACUGUGUUGGCAUGGUGACAGAGGUCAGAGGGUUCACUGACCCACAGAAGGAGGAGUACUUCAGGAAGAGAUUCAGAGAUGAGGAGCAGGCCAGCAGGAUCAUCUCCCACAUCAAGACAUCACGAAGCCUCCACAUCAUGUGCCACAUCCCAGUCUUCUGCUGGAUCACUGCUACAGUUCUGGAGGAUGUGCUGGAAACCAGAGAGGGAGGACAGCUGCCCAAGACCCUGACUGAGAUGUACAUCCACUUCCUGGUGGUUCAGGCCAAAGUGAAGAAGGUCAAGUAUGAUGGAGGAGCUGAGACAGAUCCACACUGGAGUCCAGAGAGCAGGAAGAUGAUUGAGACUCUGGGAAAACUGGCUUUUGAUCAGCUGCAGAAAGGAAACCUGAUCUUCUAUGAAUCAGACCUGACAGAGUGUGGCAUCAAUAUCACAGCAGCCUCAGUGUACUCAGGAGUGUUCACACAGAUCUUUAAAGAGGAGAGAGGACUGUACCAGGACAAGGUGUUCUGCUUCAUCCAUCUGAGUGUUCAGGAGUUUCUGGCUGCUCUUCAUGUCCAUCUGACCUUCAUCGACUCUGGACUCAAUCUGCUGGAAGAACAACACACAUCCUCGAAGUGGCCUAAAUUGAUUAACAAAUCAAAAUCACAAUCUCUAUACCAGAAUGCUGUGAACAAGGCCUUACAGAGUUCAAACGGACACCUGGACUUGUUCCUCCGCUUCCUCCUGGGUCUUUCACUGCAGACCAAUCAGAGUCUCCUACAAGGUCUGCUGACACAGACAGGAAGUAGCUCACAGACCAGUCAGGAAACUGUCCAGUACAUCAAAAAGAAAAUAAGUGAAAAUCUAUCUGCAGAGAAAAGCAUCAAUCUGUUCCACUGUCUGAAUGAACUGAAUGAUCGUUCUCUAGUGGAGGAGAUCCAACAUUCCCUGAGUUCAGGAAGUCUCUCCACAGAUAAAUUAUCUCCUGCUCAGUGGUCAGCUCUGGUUUUCAUCUUACUGUCAUCAGAAAAAGAUCUGGAUGUGUUUGACUUGAAGAAAUACUCUGCUUCAGAGGAGGCUCUUCUGAGGCUGCUGCCAGUGGUCAAAACCACCAACAAACUGCUAUUAAGUCACUGUUUACUCUUAGAGAGAAGCUGUGAAGUUCUGUCUUCAGUUCUCAGCUCCCCAUGCUGUACUCUGAGAAAGCUGGACCUGAGUAACAACAACCUACAGGAUUCAGGAGUGAAGCUUCUGUCUGUUGGAUUGGCAAAUCCACACUGUAAACUAGAAACUCUCAGACUAAGUGGCUGUAAACUCUCAGAGAGAAGCUGUGAAACUCUGUCCUCAGUUCUCAGCUCCCAGUCCUGCAGUCUUAGAGAGCUAGACCUGAGUAACAACUCUCUGAAUGAUUCAGGACUGAAAAUGCUGAAGAGUCUAAACUCUACAAUUAUCAGAGUGGAGCCUGCUGGAGUCAAAUGGUUGAGACCAGGUCUGAGGAAGUAUUCCUGUCAACUCACAAUCGACACAAGCACAGUGCACACAAACCUCCAACUGUCUGACAACAACAGGAAGGUGACACGUGUGGAGGAGGUUCAGUCAUAUCCUGAUCAUCCAGACAGAUUCAAUAUUUGUCCUCAGCUGCUGUGUAGAAAUGGUCUGACUGGUCGCUGUUACUGGGAGGUUGAGUGGAGAGGUUGGGUUGAUAUGUCAGUGAGUUACAGAAGCAUCAGAAGAAAAGGAGGAAGAAAAGACUGUUUGUUUGGACGGAGUGAACAAUCCUGGAGUCUUUACUGCUCUGAUGACAUUCCUAGCCAUUUUUGGUACAAUAACAUAAAAACAUCUAUCAUCUCCUCCUCCUCCUCCUCCUCCUCCUCCUCCUCCUCUGUCUCUAACAGAGUAGCAGUGUAUGUGGACUGUCCUGCUGGCACUCUGUCCUUCUACAGAGUCUCUUCUGACACUCUGAUCCACCUCCACACCUUCAACACCACAUUCACUCAAACUCUUUAUCCUGGGUUUACAGUCUGGUCUCCUGGUUCCUCAGUGUCCCUGUGCUGA